GGGAGUUCUGAUCUCAGCCAUGCACCACGGUUAACCUAGGCUUACCACCAUGUUGGAUCUCGACCUAGAAAAUGUGCACGUUUUGAUCACUGGUGCAAGCGGGGGUAUUGGGCUCGCAACCGCAAGACUUUUGCUUGGUUACAAUCAUCGUGCAUGUAAAGAGGUCAAGCUAUUGACUAAACUUUAGAGCAGGGUGCCAAAGUCACCGCACAUCACAACAUGACCUCCGACAUUCUACAAGAUCUUCAAAACUCACCUAGCCUCUUUCUGGUAGGGGCUGAUCUAACGUCGGAGUCUGCAACCAAAUCUAUCUUUGGAUCUGCUGUUGAGCGUCUGGGAACUGUUCACGCUCUUGUAGUCAGCCAUGGCUUAUGGAUUAGAGAUGAUGUUUUCCUCAAGGACAUGCCUUUGGAACGAUGGAAGAAAACUAUGGAUAUCAACCUUACAUCGACAUUCCUAGUUACACGGGAGUUUCUCAAGGGCUUGGAGGAUGCAAAGGCGCGAGGGGAAGAUCCCGAUAAAAUCGAUAAAGCCUCGAUUGUUUUUGUGGGAUCGAACGGAGGUAGAAUAGGUGAAGCAAUGCAUGCAGAUUAUUCUGCGGCCAAAAGUGCAAUGAUGUAUGGACUUACCUUGAGCCUCAAGAAUGAAAUUGUUAAGAUCGCGCCGAAAGGACGCGUUAACUGUGUUGCACCAGCAUGGGUUUACACCCCAAUGGCCGCUGAUGCUCUCAAAGACCCAGCGAUUGUAUAUCAGAGCUUAGCAACGACCCCUAUGAAGAAAUUCGGCGAUCCAUUUGACAUAGCCGCACAAAUCGCAAUACUUACUUCCGCCAAAGUUUCCGGGCAUGUUACAGGUCAAGUUGCAUACGUAACGGGUGGAAUGGAAGGACGACUGUUGAACAUGAAAGAAGACCUUCAAGGUUGAUUGAGGUGUACCGUGGCUGUUGACCGAUGCUGAUGGCGAUCUAUUUACAAUACUCCAAUCAGUGUAGUCUGAAAAGUGUAGUCUGCAAAGUGCCCAAUCGGUCGACCGUCGGACCAGCUUUUUUAAGUUAUCCGGGAUGUCACUGUACACAAUCCAGC